GUUAAAAAUAUUAUCCAUUAACCACUACACGAGACGAGAAAGAGAGACACACACUUGAGGAAGAUUUUAAGUGUGUCACAAAUAUUGCCUAAGACGUUAGCUGGCAUCAACGUCACAUAUACACACACACAUACACACACACACACCUAUGUAUUUUCCUGUUGUGAGUGUGUCACUAUGAGUGUCUCGUGACUGUCUCAAGUGCCUCCACGACCCAGCGAUUGUCUCCGGAGAAGUAGAAAUCCAGGAGGAGUAGUGAGAGUAGACAUAGAAUAGCAUAGCAUCUUAUCCCCAGGACCAUGGCAGGCUCGGCAGCGACACCAACUUCCUUAGUCGAGAUCACAGUGUCAUGCAGGAAUCUUCGGGACUUGGAUGUCUUCUCUAGAUCUGACCCUGUGUGUGUGUUGUAUUACCAACCUUUUGGGUCAAAACAAUGGGCAGAGCUCAGACGAACUGAAUGCAUUGAAAACUCGCUCGAUCCAGACUUUGCUGCAAAGAUCCCUAUUACAUACCAUUUUGAGGAGCAGCAACACCUUAAGUUUAUGCUGUUUGACAUUGAUUCCAAUUCUCAGAAUGUUGAAGACCAUGAUUUUCUUGGAGAAUUUGAGUGCACUCUUGCUCAGUUAGUGAGCGCUCGCACACUUCAUAAACCUCUGGUCAAUAAAGCAUAUACAGGAGACAACGGUUCUAUCUUGAUAGUUACAGAAGAACUUAGUUCGUGUAAAGAGGAGCUUGAUAUACAGUUUGUUGGCAAGGGUCUUGAAAAUAGAAGCUGGUUUAGUUCCAUUAAUCCCUUCCUAGAGUUCUUGAAGUCAAAUGAAGAUGGAACCUUCACAUUGGUCCACCGCACAGAGAGAGCUCGAAGUACACAAAACCCAGUCUGGAAUUGUUUUACAGUACCUUUGCGAAGCUUCUGCAGUGGUGAUUAUGAUCGUAAUAUACAAGUAAACUGCAAAGAUUACAAAUCAAAUGGAACUCACAAACUUAUUGGUGUCUUUCACACUACUGUACGAAAACUCAAUGAAGGAGCAGGUCCAAGCAACACGUAUUGGCUCAUCAGCGACGAGAGAAAGAAAAAAGUGGGAAAUAAAUACAAGAACUCUGGAGAGGUGAUGGUUAACAGGGCUCAGGUUCGUCAGGUCUUCUCGUUCAUCGACUACAUCAAGGGCGGCAUGGAGAUUAAUGCUUUCAUUGCUAUUGAUUUCACAGCUUCAAAUGGUAAUCCUCAAACGCCACAGUCUCUUCACUUCAACAAUCCAUCGGCUCCAAAUCAAUAUGCACGAGCAAUCCAGGCAGUUGGAGAGAUCAUUGAAGAUUAUGACACGGAUAAAUACUUCCCUGUUCUUGGCUUUGGGGCCAGGAUGCCUCCAAAUUUUGACCAAGUGUCUCAUGAGUUCUUUGUGAAUGGAGAUUCAUCAAAUCCUUAUUGCUACAGAGUUCAAGGAGUUCUUGAGGCUUACUAUGGGUGUGUGAGUCGUGUUCAGCUGUAUGGACCCACAAACUUUGCUCCCAUCAUCAAUCACGUUGCCCGCUUUGCUAACUCUAACCAGGCUGGCGACAAGUACUUCAUUCUUCUCAUCCUUACUGAUGGUAUCAUCACUGACAUGCCGCAAACAAAAGAGGCAAUUGUUAAUGCUUCAUCUCUGCCCUUGUCUAUCAUCAUUGUGGGAAUAGGUGCAGCAGAAUUUGACAGUAUGGAGGAGCUGGACGGCGAUGUUGUGCGACUCUCCAGUAAUGGUCGGUAUGCUGCUCGAGACAUUGUGCAGUUUGUGCCUUUUAGGGACUUCCUGAAGGGGGGUGGGGAUCCUCACAUGGCUAGGCUUAAGCUGGCUAGGGAAGUUCUUGCUGAAGUACCAGGUCAAGUUCUGUCUUAUAUGAAAACUAAUAAUAUUAUUCCACAACCACCCAAGGCCACAAAUGUGUCACUUCCUGAGGUUCUUGGGUGAUUAUUUUGCCUUUUGCCUUGAAACAUGACGGGUACUCUUUAUGGCCGACAAGCCAUCGUAGUACUUUACUACUGGUGCUCAACAGAUAUUCAUUUCAAAUUUUAGUUGCAUGAUACUUGUACAUUUUUAUAAUUUUCUCUCUUUUUGAACUACUGUACCUGUUUUUUUUUGUAGACAUUUAUUGUAUUCUAUGAAUGUUUAUGGAACUAAUAUAGUAAAUGCAUGUGAUGCACUUGAUGUUCAAAUUGUACAUAAUGUAUAUUGAUUGCAUUUGUUAUAUAAACUCUCAUGCCAGGAUUCUUCAUGACCAUGAACAGUUUUGAGAAUUAUAUUGCAUGUUUUAUUGAGGUUGUGAAUGUGUGCAUGCGUGUUCUUUCUGUAAAGUAAUUAUUUAAAUACUAUCUUCACCUUUUAACCAUUCAUUUGUUAAUCUUCCUAAUGGAUAUAAAUAAUGAUAUUGAUCUAUGACACCACCUCAAGGUGGGUACAUGUGAUAUUUUGAAUGUUAUAGUUUUGUCACGCACAGCACGGAAAGAUUGUUAAAGUUUUACUGUUUUUUUUUUAUUAAUAUUAUUGGUUCGCUAGGCAUGGAUUGGUGAUGUGUUUUUACUAUGUCAGUGUUGUUUGUGUUGAUUUUAAUUUCAUUUUAAAGGGAAAAGGUAUUUGUGUAGCUGUCUAUUGUCAUUACUUUCUUAGAGUAAAAAUAUCAGUACAGUAUUGAUAUUAAUUUAAUAUUUUUCUUUGUGAAAGUUUUUAACUGUAUAAAUACCAUAGUUUACUUAUUUGUGCCAUGUUGACUUUUGCUCAAUUUUAAAAUUCUUGUAAAAUCUGAGUAAUCUAGCAGUUUGUAUAUUCAGGCACACAGUUAAGUGUUCAGACCUUAUAAAAUAUUUUAUACAAAAGUUUUGUGCUGAUUUUUGACAUUACACAUUUUAUAUUGUAUAACAUCAGUACUUACUGUUUAGCACUUGCACAAUUAUUGUUGAGAGGACUACAUUUGUUCCUCCACUGCACAAGUUAGCCAGUCUUGCAGACUUGAAGGAUGGUUGAAUUGUUUUAAUUCAUAAAUUGAACGGGCGUAAUAGACAGUGCUUUUGAUAGGGACGUUUGUAUACGUUUGUUUAUAUAUAUAUAUAUAUACAAGUUGCAAACGUUCUCUUGCUGUAUCUGGAAUGCCUUGUUUCUUGUGUGGCCUUUCCUUCCUGAAGUGACUUCCUGAAGGUGGAAGUCUCGUGUGAAAUCUCCCCAAGAGAUCCCAACAGUCUUCACAUGUUAUGAACACUGAAAGAACUCUUGAUGAUCUGUGAUUGGAUCAAAUUACUGUACACAUAUAAAAAACAAUAAAGCUCUGGUUGCCCAUUUCUUAGAAUUACUGAACAAAUACAGAACUAUAAUCUAUUAGAAUUAACAAGAAAGAAAGCGGAAAAUACACCUAAAUUUUGCAAGUUGGAAACGGAUAACAGUCGCAUCUUUACCUCGCAGACCCGCCUUUUAAUAAGCAUUAUUCCAGUGCAAGUCAACUGUGGGGGGGGCCCCAGAUAUAUAUCGAACAAAAUGUUGCGAUACCCAUUGAAAGACAGCAUUGAAAUGUCAUCUUUGUAUACUCUAAGAGUAUGAACACAAAAGUAUUUUCCCAGAGACGUGAUGAUGACACCUCCAGCACUAUAAACAAAAAUAUCAUCAUCCUACUAUAGAUGCAUAACCCUUACAUACUGCAUAUGUAGAUCACUGGAAUGUACAAUAAACAUUUACCUCAUUGGUUUCUAGAAACCUAAACCUAUUAUUAGCACAUCCCACUGGUGCAGAUGCAUUAAUAUCAUUAAAUAUACAGGAAGCUAAAGACACAACCUGGAGACAUCACAUUCUGAGGAAAUUAUGCUCCAUACAUUUACAUGGAAACCUACCAAAAUUCUUGAAUAUUUUUAUAAAUUUUCAGAACAUUCCAUAAUGCCAAGAGAAUUAAAUGGACUCCUCUAUGUAGGUAGUUGCUCCAUAAGCUGCUACAAUAAUAUGUUGAGUGUUACAGGAAAUGAUAAACAUUACCUUGAACAGAAAAAGUACACAUCAAGAACCAGUAUUACACUAGGGUGGCUUGCAUGAAAUCUAAUGGACUAUUCUGCUUGGCCUCCAUUUUAUACCUAGACUACCUGGAAACCUCAUAUCUCGCACCUCAAACAUUACAAAAAAUAAAAAUUAAACCGAUUUAAACAUAUAGCACAUACUCAUGGAAAGUGGAUGAAACUGUGUAACUAAAAUUACACUUCAUUAGUACUAAUACGGUACCAUUUGAAGUUCCUGAAAGAAGUCAAAUGUUCUCGGGGUGCUACCUUGAUAAGAUACAUUAGACAGUAUGGGCCUUUGGCUAAGCAUCAGUGCUUUCAAAUUUGUGCCAAACAAUUUACCAUGUAGAAGCAAGUAACCCCACAUAACGAGAAGAUAAAAGUGUGGUCAAGAUAUUACACGAGUUACUGCUGUACCCUAGCCAUAGUAUCCCAAGAAAAAUGUGAUGUUAUCAACGAGAGCAUGAAGAUUUUUACAACAGAUUUAAGAAAUUAUCAGAACAUCACUUCGACUAGAAUCUUAAAACAAUGAAAUACUUGCAAUAUGUCACCAUGAAAAAACCUUAAAAUUGAACAUUUGCACAGUCUUUGUACACACACGAAAACAAAAUUUUUGAAGUACAUUUGAUACAUAGUCGUGGAACCUGUACAACAAAUGUGUCUAUGCAGGUUCACAUAGAUGACUUUAAAUCCAAUCAUAGAUAUAUUAUUAAAUAGAGCAAUGGCAAGACCCAUGGCAAGUAACAAUAGGCAGGAAACUCGGUUGAGGGAUGUCAGUCAUCAGCCCAUGACCUACUUCUCUUAAGAGAAAUAGUCGUGCUGAAUGAUCACCUUGUCCAGUGUUAGGCUUCAGGCCUCAAUGCUUCGAUUUGCACCAGCCACCUUCAGAGGAAUAGAUGGAGGGAUGUUUUGGCCAGAUUAAGAUUGGAACGUGCAUGAAUACCACCCAGUGAGGAGAAAAUAAAGUUUUCAGUACAAAAUUUGCCUGAAAAGUUGUGUAACGCACACAAAACACUCAAGUAAAUAUAAAGUAUAAGAAUGAACAGGCUUCUCCAACAAUAUAAACGUGAAUAGGCAUCAUGUUGUCUUGGUAUUUUGGACAUUUAUUCCUACACAUGGUUAUGCCAUCACUUAAGCAUUUGUCACUGGCUAGAGUGAAAGAGAAUGUGUAAUGUGGCUUGCCAUAACCUUAACAUGUGUUAACAUAAUUGUAAACAAGGACGGUUGUCUUGACGCACAUUAGUGAUAAUGUAGAAUGAAAGGAUGAUAAGAUGGAUAAAAUGCAAAGGAAAAAGAAAAUUGAUUAGAAAACAGCUGUGUUGUAAACAGAAACACAACCCCUAUGUUGUGCUUGGGGUUGUAUAGAGUCCUAGUGCAUGGAAUUUGAACCAAAACUCGAUCGUUCAAACCUACUAAACUCCCACAUUAGCAAUGGAAAAUGUGAGUUUCAGCCCAUCCUGCACCAAUAUCAAGUUGAGACUGACAACUGAGCAACAACGAGAGUGGUUAGGUAACAGUCUAAAUGAAGAAAGUGAGGAGUCAAGAGGAAGAUGUUAAUAAUAAAGAGCAAGGAAGGACAAGAUGCUGGUCAUGGAAAGAGGAGAACUUGUUUAGGGGAAGAGAUGUGUGGCUUGACUCAGUAGUGCGGCUAUAUUGAGCAGAUGGAAUGUGGAACACACUUCUCAUCAAGUACAAAAAAAUGCCACAUUGGCCUUUGCAAUGUGAAAAUUGCACAAGAGCGAAAGAAUACUCAAGCGAAAAAUUAUGACAAUUUACUUUAAUAUCAAAAUGAACAAAUAACAUGUGAAAAAUACCCAAAACCCCUGAUUGGACAUUCUUGGCUAGCACACAAGAGAAAUAACACAUGUAUAAACUUACUUUAACACAAAAAUAAGGGUAAAACUGAAAGUAUUUAUAAACCACUACAACCUGUAUACGAAAAAGAGGGAGGCAAGCGUUGUGCAGAGGCAGUAAUGUUGAUUCCCUGCACAACCUGAGAUAAUCUUCUGAGAUGACUGAGGUCAUGGGUAUUUAUACCCCUGUUGAUGAAGUCGCAUCUUUUGUUACCGAGGCUUGGAACGAAGAGCCGGCGGAGUAACAGGAGGUUACCUAGAUGUAGUGUUGGUAUGAUUCUUGCAGCCGCUUACCUGCCUGGGGCUCUCGGGCUGUGUGGAAGGUGUAUUGGUGGUGGUGUCCAGACACUCGUCUGAGUUGAACUCCAUACCAGUCGUAAUACGCUGUAUGCAGAGUGAUGAAUAACAACGGUAAGAAGGAAGAGGCAGUUUCCUCUGCUAAGCUAGGAAAUUAUGUGACAGAUACAAUAAAGAAGAGAUGAAGAGAGACAACAUGGGAUGAAGGCGAUAGAGCGGGUCUGCAUUUUUAUUGCAUCGCCCCUCUGUUUGCCUAUGUCACUUGAUUCACAGCCUCAACCUGAGAAUGGUUCGGAACAGACCAAAACAUUGUUUUUAUUUUCAAUGUAUAGGGUUAGUGUAAAAUGUUCCACUUGCAUUACUGCGACUUUCACUCUUCAGUAUUACUGGGAUGGAAAUGGUGGUUUCCUCUGGAGAAUAUGCAGCAUAGUAACAGGCGACACUAGUUUCAGUGAAGCCCAAGAAAUGAAUCAUCGGUGAUAAGAAAAAGUACACCAUUUUGUUCCUUUCAACCACGUGUGUGUGUGUGUGUGUGUGUGUGUGUGUGUGUGUGUGUGUGUGUGUGUGUGU